CUGGUUUAGCCGCCUCCCAUGCUAGCGGCAGCUAGCUAACUAACUCCAGCAGCACUAUCGACCUGUCAAACCACUCCCGAGUGACUCAUACCGGGAGAUUAAUCUCGACAAAGUUAAAUAAGUAACGUGGUAAUGUUGCGAAACUGAUGUAGUGACGUUGGCACACCGCUCCGUCUGUAUCUCCGGUAGGCCUCGUUUUCUUUAUUAAAAACUUAUAUUGGUGUUUUUGUGGCUAACGGCUAACCAGAGGAUACCGAGGUUAGUUCGCCUUUCCAGCGGCUGAGGUCGAUGUUUUCUCAUGGAGGAUUUGUACAGUUGUUAGUCAAAAGGAUUUACGAGUGGGCAAGGACAGACCAGAGGAGAUACACGCUUGGUUUCUUAACCAUGGGGAACGCCUGCAGUAAUCACCUUGGGAUCCCUCCCGCCAAGGGCCCCAACGCUGUGGGGUGCACUGACUUCAUGAUGGACCACACGGCACAGGGAAGCUUCUUCCGGCUUUAUUAUCCCUGCCAAGAGACUGAGAAGGCAGAAAAACCAGACUGGGUCCCAUGCAAGGAGUAUUUUAACGGUCUGGCAGACUUCAUGAAAAUCAACAGGACUCUAAGUGAACGGAUUUUCAACUACCUCUUUGGGUCCUUUAAGAUCCCAGCCUACUUGGACGCUCCGUUUAAAUCAAAUGGAAAAUGUCCUGUAGUUAUUUUCUCUCAUGGCCUGGGAGCCUUUAGGACUUUGUAUUCAGCUAUAUGUGCAGAAUUGGCCUCUCGGGGCUUCAUUGUGGCGUCUGUGGAACACAGAGACGAGUCAGCCUCAGCUACAUAUUAUUUUCGUGAGAAGACCGAGUCAGAGAAGGCGAAUGAUAACGUGCCUAAAACAUCGGCCUCAGCCCAAGACAGCAUGGUCAGAGAGUGGAUUUACUACAGAGUGUUGCAGCACGGGGAGAGUGAAUUCCCCCUCCGCAAUAAACAGGUGAAGCAGAGAGCAGAUGAAUGCAUUCUGGCUUUGGACAGACUCACUCAGAUCAACUCAGGGAUACCAGUGCAAAAUGUUCUGCAGACAAAGUUUGACUGGACGACGUUGGAGAACUCCAUGGAUCUGUGUAGGAUAGCAGCCGUGGGGCAUUCCUUUGGGGGAGCAACUGUGAUUGAAGCUCUGUGCAAAGAGGUUAAAUUCAAGUGUGGUGUGGCGCUGGACGCCUGGAUGUUCCCUUUAGACGAUGAGAUCUUUCCACGGGUGAAGCAGCCAAUCUUCUUCAUCAACUCGGAGAAGUUCCAGUGGGCGGGGAACAUCAGCCGCAUGAAGAAGCUGGACUCUGCCAGCAUACAGAGGAAGAUGAUCACUAUCAGAGGGACAGUCCACCAGAGUUUCCCAGACUUCACCUUCCUGACGGGCAACUGGAUCGGGAAGCUGAUGAAGUUGAAGGGAGAGAUCGACCCUGAGAUCGCCAUAGACCUCUCCAACAAAGCAACACUAGCCUUUCUGCAGCGUCACCUCGGUCUGGAGGCGAACUUUAACCAAUGGGACCCUCUGAUUGACGGGCAAGAUGAAAACCUCAUUCCAGGAACUAAUGUUACCGUGCUUCAGUCCUCCAUCUGAACUGCCUCAUGCUGCAGAAAUCUCCCUGUGACUGUCUGGCCGUCAGCUGCAUGGUUCCACCUGAUGCACGGGACUCAGUGGAACGGUCCCAGAAUGUGAAGCCAGGGCCAGCUGGCUCUUCAGGAUAUCAUUUUUGGUGUAUUAAUAGAUCGAAGAUAAUCUCUACCUCACCAGCAGGAAGGAUUUGUUUUUCUCGACAGCGAGAGCGCUCUCAGCGGACCAGCGUUUGUUUCAUGAGGCCUGAAUGUUGCGUACGAGCAGUUGAACACUUCCUCUUUUCACUGUUAGUGAAUCUUCACUUUUACCAGCAAUUUCUUCAAGACACUCUUUUAAUAAUUUUCCUCUUUGAGUGUAUAUAAAGCCAGCUGAGAUUAUAAUGUUAUUUCACACAAAUACUGUACAUGUCUUUGGAUAUAUAUGCAGCUUUCCAGCAGAGGUGAGUUCCACUAUGAUUGCAGUGUUAUUACGUGAUGAGGCCUGUAAUGAGAAUCGUAUCCAAUCGACGAGCUCUGCAUUGAAGACUCCUGAUUUUAGUUAAUUAUUAGCUGAGAUAGUGAACUAAAUGUAUCCAUCCUGAUUGAACAGAGGACAGCGACAUAAGCAAAUCAGCGUCUUUAAGAGAAUACAAACACUAAAAUGUUCUAACAUGCCAUAACUCACAGCUCUGUUCCUCCAGGGUCAGUAUCAUGUCACAGCCUUCUACUUUUAUACACAUCUGCCAUUUGUACACAACAGAAAUCCAAUAAAUGGGGUUUGUAUACAAGUU